AAGUCAGGAGGGAGGGGCCCGCGGGCGCCGCCGUCGCCCCCUCCCGGCGCGCGGAGCCCGAUUGUCACUCAGCUCCCGCGCCGGGGGCGAUGGAGGCGCGGGCGCGCGAGUCGCGUCCCAGCCAGCUACCAGCCCCCUGGACCUAAGAGGCCGACCCUGGAUUCUCCAGGCACUCCCGGAGCGAGCGGUUGCCGAAGGCGUCGAGGUGGGGGGUGGGGGGCCACUUGGGCAGCGCAGCCCAGGUGGCCAGGAGCUCUGCCAGCUUUGGAGACCCUGGGUGCGAAACAGGGGCGUACCUCUUUAAAAGAGUCCUGGGCUGAGCCUCUGCCGCACCAUGUGAUUGCUUGAAAGGCCGGGCUGGGAGCGCUGCGGCGGGAGCCUGGAGGACGAUGAGCUGCCCCGCGGUGCCCAGAGCCCAGACUUGCCCAGCGCGGCCCCGGAGCUUUGGGCGCCACCAGGUGCCCAGAACUUUGGGCACUGCUGCUGAGAUUUCGUGCCCCUUGGCAGGCAGGAUGGUGCCUGCCUCUUGCCUCCCGGCACCUGCCUGCUGAUGUGCCCAGCCUGUACCCGCCAUGCCGCCCACCAUCACGGCCUUCCAGGCCGCGUACAUUGGCAUUGAGGUGCUCAUCGCCCUGGUUUCCGUGCCUGGGAACGUACUGGUGAUCUGGGCAGUGAAAGUGAACCCAGCGCUGCGGGAUGCCACCUUCUGCUUCAUCGUGUCGCUGGCAGUUGCUGACGUGGCAGUGGGUGCCCUAGUCAUCCCACUCGCCAUCCUCAUCAACAUUGGGCCACAGACCUACUUCCACACCUGCCUUAUGGUCGCCUGCCCUGUCCUCAUCCUCACCCAGAGCUCCAUUCUGGCCCUGCUGGCGAUUGCUGUGGACCGCUACCUCCGGGUCAAGAUCCCACUUCGGUACAAGACCGUGAUGAGCCCCCGGAGGGCUGCGGUGGCUAUCGCCGGCUGCUGGAUUCUCUCUUUCGUGGUGGGCCUGACCCCUAUGUUCGGCUGGAACAAUCUGAGCGAGGUGGAACAGGCCUGGGUGGCCAACGGCAGCGUGGGGGAGCCGGUGAUCAAGUGCGAGUUCGAGAAGGUCAUCAGCAUGGAGUACAUGGUCUACUUCAACUUCUUCGUCUGGGUGCUGCCCCCGCUGCUCCUCAUGGUGCUCAUCUACCUGGAGGUCUUCUACCUGAUCCGCAAGCAGCUCAACAAGAAGGUGUCGGCCUCCUCUGGCGACCCGCAGAAGUACUAUGGCAAGGAGCUGAAGAUCGCCAAGUCGCUGGCCCUCAUCCUCUUCCUCUUCGCCCUCAGCUGGCUGCCCCUGCACAUCCUGAACUGCAUCACCCUCUUCUGCCCCUCCUGCCGCAAGCCCAGCAUCCUCAUCUACAUCGCCAUCUUCCUCACGCACGGCAACUCGGCCAUGAACCCCAUCGUCUACGCCUUUCGCAUCCAGAAGUUCCGGGUCACCUUCCUGAAGAUUUGGAAUGACCACUUCCGCUGCCAGCCCGUACCCCCCGUGGACGAGGACCUCCCGGAAGACAGGCCCAACGACUAGACACCCACUGCCACUGGCCCCUCAUCCAGCAGCGCCACAGCCCCGCCCACCCCGCCAUCCAGCUGGGUCUCCCCGAGCCUUCCCUGGCCAGGCCUGUGGGGUGCAGGCACAGAUGGGGGGGGCUGGGAAGAGAUGCCCAUGGAGCAGGGGCCCUCUGCAGGAAGUCACUGGGCCUGCACCUUUGGGUGCUGCAGGAGGUUGUGGAGAGCAGUGUGGGGGGAAGGAACCCGGUAUCCUGAGGGGAGGAGGAAAGCGGCUGGAGCCUCCCCACCUGCCUGAUCCACGUGUAGUCCAGCCCUCCAGGGCCGGGCAGGUCCUGGGGAGACCGCGACUGACAAGAGCCAUCUUAACCUGGGAGAAGACGCUUGGGCUCCCCCAGUGAGGUGGGGAGUCUGCUUCUCCUGGGUGUUAGUGGUGCAGCCCCAGGGCCAAGCUUAAGGAGAGGAGAGGAUCCCCUCCAAGAUGGAGGGAAGGAGGGAGAUGGAGGACGUACUGACUUGUUUCUUGGCCUGUUCUGAGGCCAGAAGGUGGCCAGAAGCAGCUCAGGGCAGGAAGCCAAGGAGCCUCUUUCCCCACCUGUGGCAGACGCUGUGCUUCUCUGCUAUGUGCCAGGGUGCCUGCUCCCCUUGCCCUGAGGAGCUGAGGAUUAUACUUGGGAGAGGCAGAGUGGGUCCAGAAAUCACUUCUGACAUUUUCUUUCUUCUGGGCCAGCUCUUGGACCCCGGGUGGGGGCUCAGAGCGGUAUGGGGGAAGGGUCCUCCUUUAGCCCUGGGGCAUGAGGGGAGGGGAGGGGGAGAUAGGUGUGGGCCUCAAACAGCCACCAGGUGGCAGCACUGAGACCCUUCUUGUCCUCUGCUGAAGCCUGGGGUGCAACUACCUGUCAUCUGGGUGCCACCAGCCCCCGAUGACCUGCUGGACUCUCCUAGGUGAUACUAGGUGACACCUGUCUCUGCUGCUUCUAGCCAAAUGCAGAGGAGAAUCCCAGACAUGCCAACUCUUGGGAGGGGGUGGACAAGGGAAAGGGUCCUUCGAGGCUCCCAGUGCUGACUGUGGGUGCUCCUGGGUUAAGCUGACAGGCCCAGACCGGAGGAGUCACCCACUGAGAUGGGGCUGGGGAAGGUCUCGCUGGCAUUUGGUGCCCCUGGCAUUUAGCCCAGGUUUCAGGGGCUUCUGAUUCCAGGCCUUUAGGGCACCUGAAAAGGGGUUGGCCCUCACCCUGCCAAGACUUCACCCCUUGCUUGGAGGGGAGCGUGGGGGGGAGGGGGUCACGACGUUGACUGGGUUCUGAGUGUCAACGCCAUCUCCAGGCCCUUCCCUCUCUGAGAGGCGGGUCUCCCCUCGUUCCCAGGAUGGGCCACAAAACUAAUAAAAGAUUAUA